UAAAAGUUAGGCUGCUCCUGGGCAGUAGGCGUCUUUGAUCUCUUUCUUUCCCACUUUUAACUUUAGCUGGCCUGUACCAUUUAUUCUUCAAGGAGUUUCACUGAAGCGACCGUUGACCCGUCCCAUCAAAGUCAAAAUGUCAGCCCCGAGCAACAACAAGUUGAAAGAGCAAAUCCGGGAAAUCCUUCUUCAACAUGACAACUAUGACAACAACUGUCCUGGUGAAAUAUCAAAUGUUGCAAACGAAGAUUGUCUGGAGAAACUGGCCGCAGGACUCAUGACUUUCUAUGAACCUGAAUUGAAGCGAUUCCGAGAACAGCUUGCUGAAGUAGUGGGGCCUCCUGAAUCUCCACCCUGCAUAGGCAGUUCCAACCUGCAGGCCCUGCUCAACAUGCGAAAUAAGCAGAACACCCUCAUAGAGCAGCUUCAAGAUGAAAACAAGCGCUUUGUGGACACACAGAAUGCCGAGGAACUUCAAGGCAUGUUUGUAACGGUCAAGGCAUACCAAACAAAGUUGAUGGCAGUGAAGAAGGACAUGACGACACUUCACGAUAGAGUCACCAAAAUGAAGAAGCGGGCAUUGAAGCUGCAGCAGCGCAAAGAAAAGCAAGCUCUUCAGCGCCAGCAGCAGAGGGAAGCUCAACUUCUGCGAGAACAAGAGCUUGUUGGAAAACCAAAUACAUCAUCCUCGAAAGCCACUUCUCCUACCUCUCCUUCUAAUGCAAACUUACCCAGUUAGUGUUCUACAUAUUUUAGUGGUUUUCGUUCCAUAACAAAAUCAAAUAUUAUUUAUGUACUUUUGUCUCUAUUAGAGAAGCAUUUAAAUUGUGAUCCAUUCCUCUUCCUUGUGAUUAUAAGUACAAUUAUAUCCAACUGAAAAUAUUGUGCAAGUUGAACAGGUUUAUGAAAAUCAAAUUAUAUCACAGUGUCUUCAGACAGCUUAAUGAUAAUGUGAGGAUAAGUUACAGUGUGAUUGUUUAACUUAGAUAUUAUCGCUCAUUUUUUUUUUUUUUUUGUUUCUGAAACUAGGAAUUAUAAUUAUUAAGCUUUAUGAGAAUUUAGACGUUGUUAGACGUAUUUUACAUGCAGGGAGUUGGGAAUUUCCACACAUCAGCUUCACAUGAAUGUUGUAAUUAAAUGAAAUAAUCGUAUAAUGUUUAAGCUCAGAGCUUUUUUUUAUGUAAAAUAGAAUUUAAGAAGGUAAAUAAAUCAAACUGUCAUAAAAAA